AAGGAAGACAACAGUGUCCUGCACAAAAAUCAUGAGCAAAAAUAUCAGCAUUGUGGACAAUAAGAAAUGCAAAUACUUAACCAAGCCAGAGCCACAGAUUCGAAAGUGCAAUGAGCAACCAUGUCAAACAAGAUGGAUGAUGACAGAAUGGACCCCGUGUUCCCGGACUUGUGGAAAAGGGAUGCAGAGCAGACAAGUGGCCUGUACCCAACAACUGAGCAACGGAACUCUGAUUAGAGCCCGGGAGAAGGACUGCGCGGGACCUAAGCCAGCCUCUGCCCAGCGCUGCGAGGGCCAGGACUGCAUGACCGUGUGGGAGGCAGGAGUGUGGUCCGAGUGCUCAGUCAAGUGUGGCAAAGGUGUACGUCAUCGGACCGUGAGGUGUACUAACCCAAGAAAGAAAUGUGUCCUCUCCACUAGACCUAGGGAGGCUGAGGACUGUGAGGAUUAUUCAAAGUGCUAUGUGUGGCGAAUGGGUGAUUGGUCCAAGUGUUCAAUUACCUGUGGCAAAGGAAUGCAGUCCCGUGUUAUCCAGUGCAUGCAUAAGAUCACAGGAAGACAUGGAAAUGAAUGUUUUUCUUCAGAAAAACCUGCAGCAUACAGGCCAUGCCACCUUCAGCCCUGCAAUGAGAAGAUUAAUGUAAAUACGAUAACAUCACCCAGACUAGCUGCUCUGACGUUCAAGUGCCUGGGAGAUCAGUGGCCAGUGUACUGCCGGGUGAUACGCGAAAAGAACCUGUGUCAGGACAUGCGGUGGUAUCAGCGCUGCUGUGAGACAUGCAGGGACUUCUAUGCCCAAAAGCUGCAGCAGAAGAGUUGACCUCUAGCAGGCUGGCUGGCUCACAGCUCUUUGCAAUUACAUUAUUUAUAAACACACACACUAGCAUGUUUUUCAGACCGAAUAUUAUCAGAUUACAUAUAAUUUAAUCAAAUUAAUUUAUUUUUUUUGCCUGCCAGACAUCCAAUGUGGUGUUUGUUUUGGUUAUACAAACAUUUUGAUUUAUACUAUAUGGCUUCAUAAAUAAUUUUAUAUGAAUGAAUAAGUUGGAUCCAGUAACCUAAAAAAUGAAAAAGAAAAAAAAAACAACAUAUCAUUAGAGUUUCAAAAUUUUUUUUGUUUGUUAGGACUGUCUCUAAGGUGCUACUCUCUCCCCACCAAUAGCAUUGAGUUAUACAGAAUGUGUACUAACUUAGCAUAAUAGUUUAGUUAUAUAUGGAGAGAAAUCAUUUUUGGUUUUUUGGUGUCCUGCUGCAGAAUUAACCCAUUUUCUGUAAUCUGCAGGAGAUGUGUAAACAUAACAAACCUCAUAGUGUUGAACAGGUUUUUAGAGAAUGUAUUAUGAAUGUGGUUCAGAUUUAGAGACAUCCAUAGGAAAAUUCUGCUGUAAUUAUAACCUUAUUUUAUAAUGGAAAAGAAAAGUCAAAAUAGAGACUUUGAUCAUGCUCAUGAACAUGUACUUGAACACAAGUAUUGUAACAAUGAAACACUGUAAUGAUUUACACUGAAUCACCAUUGCACUGUUGAUAUAGUGUAGAGAAACCGUUAGAAAUGGUAACAUCCUACAAAAAUGUGUAUUAUUUUAACAUGUUGUCAUUAGAUUUUAGCUUUUUUAAAUAUUUUGAACAAAGAAAGCAUUGAUCCACCCAUUUCCUUGUAUCUUUUUAGCAGAUUUAUUAAAGAGUAUGGUACUUAGCAUCACAAAUCAUGAGAAAUUUUAUUAAAUAUUUUUCAGCCUUUUCCUUAGGAACAAGGAAAGUCAAAAAUCAUAUAAUAUGUGGUAGUUUCAUUGUGUUUUUUCCUUUUAAAAAUUAAAAAGUUUUACGAUUUUUGUGAAACGUUCAAAAGCCAGCUUAAAAUUUUUCUUGUGAGAAAAUACUGUACAUGAUUCACAUGAUUUCUUAGAUUUUUCAAUAAAAUAUGUGAAACUUUC